UCCACGUGAAAAAUAAAACAGCCUCUCCAUUUGGAUUUGGAUAGAGAGAGGAAGAAAAAUUGCAUUUGCCCGCGCUUCCAUUAGCAAAGAUGCUGUCUCCAACAAUGGCUUCGACUUGGGGCUCGGCUCCAUUGCACAUUCAAUGGAAGAAACCGAAGCGUCCGGGUGUUAUCCUUAACGAGUUACCUUCAUUUCUUCCCAAAGAAGUCUACAACAUCAAAGACCAAUCUGCUCGAAACCUCGCUUCAAGGAUUCAGAGGCUACCCGUCAGCUUCUCGGAUUUUUGUAUUAUGAGUAGUUGCGUUAAGCCGUCAAUACAGAACAAAGACUGUCCUGUGGUUCUUCUCCAUGGCUUUGACAGCUCCUGUUUAGAAUGGAGAUACACAUAUCCAUUGCUUGAGGAAGCUGGUUUAGAAACUUGGGCUGUCGACAUUCUUGGCUGGGGCUUCUCUGAUUUAGAAAGACUCCCACCAUGUGAUGUGACUUCUAAACGUGUUCAUUUGUAUCAGCUUUGGAAAUCUUAUAUUAAAAAGCCAAUGGUAAUUGUUGGACCAAGCCUUGGUGCUGCUGUUGCUAUUGAUUUUGCUGUCAAUUAUCCAGAAGCUGUCGAUAGGCUUGUGUUGAUUGAUGCAAGUGUAUAUGCAGAAGGUACAGGAAACUUAGCUACCUUACCAAGAUCGAUUGCCUAUGCUGGGGUAUUUUUAUUGAAGAGCAUUCCUUUGCGCGUAUAUGUGAAUGUUUUGACCUUCACUGGUAUACCAUUUAGUACCAGCCUGGAUUGGGCCAAUAUUGGCCGCCUGCAUUGUUUAUUACCUUGGUGAGAUGCGACUGUUAGUUUUAUGUUAAGUGGGGGAUAUAAAGUCAGCAGCCAGAUUGAAAAGGUGAAGCAGAAAACGCUUAUUAUAUGGGGUGAGGAUGAUCAAAUCAUCAGCUACAAGCUUGGAGUGAGGUUGCACUGUGAGUUGCCAAAUGCAGUUAUUCGUCCAAUAGCCGAAUGCGGGCACCUUCCUCAUGUUGAGAAGCCAAAUCUUGUUGCCAAAUUGAUUACACAAUUUGUUCAUGAAGAUUCCAGAAAAGAGGUUCAGUUUGUUAACAGUGAAUAAUUCUUCUUUGCACAUGCUUACAUUUUCUUCAUUUUAUUAACGAAUUUGCUUCACCCUGCUCAUGGAUUUUCAACCCUGACGUGUGUUCUUCUGAGGGCUGGAAGGUGCUCUACAUGUUUGAAAUCCAAUAAAAUAUGACGUCGUCAAUAUAAACCCAAACAAAAAAUCUGCUCUUGCUUGUUUCCUUUUCCUUAUGAUGGUGGAAAUAAACCCCUCCCUCGAAAUCAAGACAAGUAAUCCUAAGUUGAUGGAUACAUAUAUCUUCGAUCAAGAAGUUCUAUCCGUCUAUGUUAUUAGGUAAAUAAUAUUCUGUCCAUUAGAAUGGUGCACUGUAUUGGGGAAAGGAACCAGAUGAUCUCAUUUUGAUUCUCGGAUUGUUGUGGUCUUGGUGGGGCCUUGGUCUUUCGAAAUUGAUGUUCCUUCUUCAUUGGAUCUUUUAUCCUAAGUUUAUGGUAAAGUUUUAUGGACCAA